AUGCCCACACCCUUGCUCAACAGAUUGCUGGGAUUUUACAACGUGAGAAAUUUGGCAAAAGCUGCGGUCAAGGUUCCAAACGACGAAAUCGCGUUGCGCGUGCUAAAGAAAAUAGAAAAGGGCUUCCUUUUUCGAAAUUAUUCUCCGAAUGAUGCUUUUAAGGAGCUUCGUCUUAACGAGGACGGAGACAAACUUUUCGACAACCGUUUGUUUCACUUUUGGACGAAGUACGUUAUCUAUUACAACUCUUGGGUAAAACAAGAGGCCGACAAAGUAUCGAUGUUGUCGGUACUGGAAAAGCAUUUUGACCAGCUCACUUUGUUGGACCAGAUCAGCAUUAAACAAAAUUCUGAAAUCACCGAGCAUCUUAUGGAAGAACUCAAAAACAUUAAUAUGGAGGAUUUGGCAAAAGCUGCGGUCAAGGUUUCAAACGACGAAAUCGCGUUGCGCGUGCUAAAGAAAAUAGAAAAGGGCUUCCUUUUUCGAAAUUAUUCUCCGAAUGAUGCUUUUAAGGAGCUUCGUCUUAACGAGGACGGAGACAAACUUUUUGACAACCGUUUGUUUCACUUUUGGACCAAGUACGUUAUCUAUUACAACUCUUGGGUAAAACAAGAGGCCGACAAAGUAUCGAUGUUGUCGGUACUGGAAAAGCAUUUUGGCCAGCUCACUUUGUUGGACCAGAUCAAACGUAAACGAAAUCCUGACAUUACCAAGCAUCUUAUGGAAGAAAUCAAAGACGCUGGUAUAGAGAACUUGAUUAGAUAA